GCCGCCUGCCUUCACACACGAUGCCCAAUGCAACAGUCUCCGAAGAGCUUUGGGAUACCAUUCGCUAUCUUUUCUCCAAAGUUCGACGUACUUUGCUUGACAACCCUGGUUAUCUUGCUGCCCUCGUUCCUCUCACACGGCAAGAUGGCGUUGCAUUCGACUACGUUCCAUAUGUAUCCACAGACUUCUCGGAAUCUGAUCCAGAGUUUCAAUCAUUUACUUCCUUCAUACGCCGCCAUUUCCCUCAAUAUGAUGUCUCUCCACAAAGUAAAUGGUGCUGGCCUGACCAAGAACGGACGAAAUGCUCGAGAUUCAUGGUCGACUAGCGGCUGCUUUGGUGUCGCCACAAAGCGACUCUAACGUCUCUCGCCUACCUUUCGUCAUCAUCGUUAUCAUUUUGCACUACCUCGGUCACGCAGUGGUCAAUCGAUUUCAGGGUUAUACCGAUCCACUCCCUGUUGAGAUCGAUCAGUUUCCCUACCACAAAUGCACCUAUCUGCGCCACAACAGGGAUGUCCCUGAACCGGGAUUUUUUGUCGAGGAGGCUUUGUUCGGUGGGAUCAUAGGCAUUGUCUUUAGAGAGGAUGCUCCUCGUGAAUACCCGCCACGGUUCUUGCACUCUGAUUUGACGCGAAUCUCGUACUUAUUUCUCCACUGUCGUGACGGCUCUACUUAUCGGCUUGGCACGUCUGACAUCGACACCAAGGUCUCAAAAUGGCGUUUUACACCAUUCGAUACACAACAACUCGAACGCAUCGAUCUACCAAGAAGAGUUCGACAGCGCACAUGCGCUUUCUACAAUGGAGAUCAUAUUCUGAUGACUUUUCCUGGGGAAGGAGGGGAUGUUCCUCGGAGACCUAGAUCACGCUCACGCUCUUCCAGUUGGGAUGGGGAGAGUGGAUCAGAGUCAACUGAAAGAUCACGAGCACGAGCAAGAGCAAGGUCGAGGUCAGCGUCGAGAACUUCAGAGGGCUCACACGAGUUGCCGAGUCAGAGCACGAGGAGCCCUGUAUCGCAGAGUGAGAGGAGGGAUGAUGUACAUGAUCCUAAUGUGAGGGAAGAGGACGAUGCCGCUAGCGUGUCUAGUCCACAUUGAUCGUUGGACGAUUGAUGGUUCGUACUCGAAAUUAUGGAUUGUACAUGAUUGCGAUCUCUCCAUCCCGUAUGUCAAACCAAGAAUGAAUUUAUUCCGCUUUGUGUCAAUA